AUGAGACUCUCAAUAAUCACUACCGCCCUCGUGGCAGCCUCUGCUUAUGCCUACGACGUUGUCCAGAACGUGGCCAACCCAGGAUACUCUCUGCGAGUGUCGACUGAGGAUCCUUCUUCUCUCGGAGUCGACACUGUCAAGCAGUUUUCGGGCUACCUGGACGUUGGGAAGGACAAGAAGCACUUCUUCUACUGGUUCUUCGAGUCCCGAAACGACCCUGCUAAAGACCCCAUUGUGCUCUGGCUGUCUGGAGGCCCCGGGUGCUCUUCCAUGAGCGGUCUCUUCUUCGAGAACGGUCCUUCCUCCAUCGGAGCAGACAUCAAGCCCAUCAAGAAUGACUUCUCCUGGAACUCUAACGCCUCCGUCAUCUUCCUGGACCAGCCUGUCGGCUCCGGUUUCUCUUACUCUGACGAACCUGUCGAUACCACCGCCGCCGCCGCCAUUGACGUCUACGCCUUCCUCAAUCUCUUCUUCACAUCUUUCCCCCAGUACAACAAGGGCCAGUCUUUCCACAUCACUUCCGAGUCCUACGGUGGCCAUUACGCCCACGUGUUCGCUGAGGAGAUUCUCAAGCACAGCAAGCCCGAGCGAGUCUUUGAUCUCGCCUCCAUUGCGGUUGGAAAUGGCAUCUGGGACUCUCUGCACCAGGCUGCCGGUUACGAGCCCAUGGGAUGCGGAAAGGGUGGUGUGCCCGCAAUCUUCGACGACAACACUUGUAAGGGAAUGCAGGAUGUCCUUCCCCAGGUUGUAUCAGAGAUCCAGCAGUGCUACAACGACCCCCAGAACUCCAAUGUUUGCCAGCAGGCUGUAGGUGACUAUAACGAUGCUUUCUUGGGCCCUAUCUCUCAGACAGGUCUUAACGUCUAUGACAUUACCAAGAAGUGCGACACUAGUGUCCCCAGUGGUCUCUGCUACGCUGGUAUGGAGUACUCUGUCCAGUACCUCAACAAGCCCGAGGUCCAGAAGGCUCUUGGUGUCCACCCCGGCAUCACCUUCUCUUCUUGCUCUGGCCAGGUCAACGGCGCCUUCUAUGACCAGUCCGAUGAGGUUUUGCCAUACAUCAAGGCUUUCCCCGCUCUUCUGGAGAAGAUCCCCGUGCUCAUCUACGCUGGUGACCGAGAUUACAUUUGCAACUGGGUUGGAAACCAGUACUGGACAGGCAACCUCACUUGGUCCGGACAGGAUGAGUUCAACAAACAGCAGCUGUCUUCCUGGAAGGUCGAGGGCGAGGCUUCUGGUGAAAUCAAGAACCACGGACACUUUACCUUCCUCCGAGUGUUUGGCGCUGGCCACAUGGUUCCCCACGAUAAGCCCAAGCAGGCCUUGGCUAUUCUGAACCGAUGGAUCGGUGGUGAUGUCACUCUUGCCGACAAAUAG